GAGAGGAACUUGGAGACUUGCGACAAACGUGGGCAGGUGCGUGAAUAUAAAGCACAGCAUUUGCGGCCUCCUUAGCGAAGAGUUGCGUUCAAGCAGCGAGCCACAGCGCACCAUGAAAGCCAUCCUUCGUCUUCUGGCUGCUGUACUCCUCGUGGGUGCUGCGUCUGCUGCCGCGGAGACAAAAAAGAAAAACGACAAGAAGGAUGACGAGAAAAUAGAGGGCCGUGGACUGUUUCAUCAUGGCGCCGGCGUCGCAGUCUUUCCUGGAUUUCCUGGAGUCUGCCCACCAUGCCCUUGCGGCUAUGGCGGAGCCGUCGGUGGAGUAGGAGGUGGCUACGGAGGUGGCUACGGAGCCGGCUAUGGCGCAGGAUCCGGUGGAGUAGGAAGUGGCUACGGAGCCGGCUAUGGAGCAGGAGCUGGUGGAGUAGGAGGUGGCUACGGUGGAGCUGCCGGUGGAGUAGGAGGCGGCUACGGUGGUGCUGGCGGUGGAUCUGCUGGUGGAGUAGCAGGUGGCUACGGCGGAGCUGCCGGUGGAGCUGCCGGUGGAGCUGCCGGUGGGGCUGCCGGCGGAGUUGCCGGUGGGGCUGCUGGCGGAGCUGCCGGUGGAGCUGCUGGUGGAGUAGCAGGUGGCUACGGAGCCGGUGGAGCUGCUGGUGGAGUGGGCGGCGGCCGUGGUGUGGGUGGAGGCGUUGGAGGCUCUGGUCUCGUUGGUGGAGCGGCAGGCGCCUCUGGGUUCAAGGGUGGUGCCAGAUUCAUGGGUGGUGCCGCAGGCCAGCAGGCUGGCCAGGGCAGCUUCGCCUAUAACGUCGGAGGGUCCGACAAGAUGGAGUACGGCCACAGCAGUUCUUAUGGUCACUCCAAUAGCUUCGGCAUGAGCUCCAAUGAAGGCUUUAACAACGCUCAGGGACAAGGCAGCCAAGCAAGUGCCUUUAAAUCACACGCAGCGGGAGCUGGAGGAGUGGCGACAAGUGCCGGCGCCAAGGUUGUAGGCUAAGACUACAUCAUUUGCAGUUACGCAUAGGAUUGAAUAUCCAAGGCGCCCUAAGGCUUGUGCCGGUGAACCAGAGCCACCCCACAUUUAACUCUACGGCAAACUUCCUUCAACACUGUACAGAGCAUAUUCAUAAACUGUAAUGUACAAAGAUGUCAAAUUCCACCUAAGUGUAAUAAAUGUACGUACUGCAUGUAUCCAAUAAAAUAAAAUAUAAUAAUAAAACAUUUCCUACUGUAUUCUCUCUAUAGCAC